AUGGAGCUAUUCUAUGGAUCUUGUAACUUUGUGACCAAGCCAGUUGUUGAUCAAGUUUGUGGUGGAUCUUUCAUGUCUAAGACUUUUGCCGAAUCUUCUGCUAUCUUGGACAAGGAAAAGAAUGUUGAAUCUGAAACUAAGAAGCAUACUAAGAGUGGUGUCAAUAAUACUGUUCUUGUUGAUGAUGAUAAGAUUAAGGAACUUGUAGUAGAGCCAAAGUUGACAGACAAGGUAAAGGUCAAAUAUCAAUCUGAUGCAGAGGUAGUACAACCAUCGCCACCAAUUUGCAAACUGCCUUCUCCAUUCCCUCAGAGGUUCAAAAACAAGGUUGAGGAUGACAAGUUCUUGAAAUUCAUUAUUAUGUUGAAGGAACUGUUCGUGAAUAUUCUGUUGGUUAAAGCAUUGGAACAAAUGCCGGAUUAUGCUAAAUUCAUGAAGGACCUAGUUGCAAAGAAGAAGACAGACACUUUCGAGCCAGUUGAUAACUUAAACCAUUGUAGUGCUAAUUCUACAAGCCUUGUGUACUGUGUCCCUAAAAAGAGAGGUAUGACAGUUGUUGCUAACGACAAGAAUGAGUUGGUACCUAAGGCUAGUCACGGUUGUCGAGUCUAUACGGACUAUAGAAAGGUCAACAAGUCGACCUUGAAAGACCAUUUCCCAAUGCCUUUCAUGGACCACAUGCUAGGACACAAGAUUUCUGAGAAAGGCCUGGAAGUAGACAAGGUGAAAAUUGAGGUUAUUGAGAAGUUUCCCUCUCCCAUCUCUGUGAAGGGUAUUCGAAGUUUCUUGGGGCAUGCAGGUUUCUACAUGCAUUUUAUCAAGGACUUCUCUAAAAUUGCACAUCCCUUGUGUAAUUUAUUAGAAAAAGAGGUAAAAUUCUAUUUUGAUGAGGCAUGUAUGAAGGCAUUUGAGUGUCUGAAAGUGAAGCUGAUUUCAGCCCCAGUGAUUAUUGCUCUAGACUGGUCUAAACUAUUUGAGGUGAUGUCUGAUGCUAGUGGUGUUGCUUUGGGGGUUGUGCUAGGGUAA